AAAUUCGUUGAUUACUAGAUAUAUAAAAUGAUUUGUGAACGUCAUUGUUAGUUAUUUUGAAAAGUCAUGUUUUGAUCACCUCCAAAAAUUUUAAGAAAAUUUGAUGUCUUUUAAUUUUCACAUUUUUUUCAUGAAAUUCAACUUCGAUCCAAAAUGCCGUGUAAUAUUCUCUCCUGCGCCUUCCCCUGCUGCCUGGGCCAGGUCCGAUACAUGGUAGUCUUCCUAUUAUUCAUCGGCAUCAUUGUCAGCAACACCCACCGAUCUGUUCUAAACAUCGCCAUAGUAGAAAUGGUCUCCAACCGAAAAACAAGAAAUGGUACAACGUGCCCCUCGCUUAGAGGAAGCCAUUCCGUAAUUACUGAUAUCGGAGGUGGUAAAAUUGAUUGGAGCGAAUCUGAACAACAGCUGGUAAUUGCAGCAUUCUUUCCGCUGUACUUCAUAAUGCACGUCCCAGGCGGUAUCAUGAUGGACCGUUUUGGAGCGCGUCAUGUCUUAAUGUGGUGUUUCAUUAUUUCGUCCGUGACCACAGCCAUGAUUCCAAUGGCGGCCCGACAUUUUCCCUGGUGGGCAGUCUUCAUUAUUCGUUUGAUCACAGGGGCAUCGCAAGGACCUCUUAUACCAGGAGUGUCUGCGGUGGUGAGCAGAUGGAUACCACCGCAAGAAAGAGCAACGGUAGGUGCAAUGGUUUUUGCCGCCAAUGCUUUUGGAAUAUUGUCUGGAAAUUUAAUCACCGGAACACUUAUUCGAGCGGUUAAAGAUUGGCAAAUACCAUUCUAUAUGUGGUCGGGUAUCGGAAUGGUAUAUGUAAUACUCUACAUAGGCUACGUGUUUUCGGACCCACGGACCUCGCCGUUAACUAGUGUAGAACUAAACUACCUCACGGAGUUGAUGACCUUUAAAGAACCUGCAGGUAUCCCACUGGGGCCCAUCUUGAAGGACUUAUGUGUGUGGGGGCUAGUAUCAGCUCAAGUUGGACAUGGAUUCGUUAUUUUUACACUACAGAAUAAUCUUCCAAAGUACCUCAACAAUGUACUCGGUUUUGAUAUUGUCAGCAACGCCUUAACCGCUUUGCUUUUCAUAUUUCAAUGGUUGUCUGGAAUGCUGGCAGGCAUGUUAUCGGACCACUUGGUAAAGAAGAAAAAUGCAAACGUUUCCUGGAUGAGAAAAAUCUAUACUGCCGUCUCCAACAUUUUGUCCUCUUUAUUUCUACUUUUCGUCGGCAUGGCCCAGUGCAAUAUCCCGAUAGCCAUAAGCAUGCUUGGAAUAGCGAUCUUCUUAAAGGGAAUAUUCUUUGCUGGCAUGAAAGUAAACAUCGUCGACAUAUCGGUUAACCAUAGCGCUUUGGUGAUGGCGGUUGUCAACGGAAUUGGUGCCAUACCAGGCUUUCUUUGCUCCUUUAUUAUCUCCAAAGUUGCACCCAACAACGCACACGAAGAGUGGUUCUACGUCUUUCUUGGAAUGCUUGGCAUUCAAGUUUUAACAUCGCUCAUUUACCUUAUACUAUCAGGAACCGACCGCAGGAAAUGGGAUUACAAAGAGGGAGAACAGCCGCCGCCCAAGAAGAAGGCAAAGCAUUGGUACCUACAAAUGUCACCCUCCGAUGACGCCAUUCGCGUAGAAAACAAUAAGAAAGCGGUAGAAAAUCGAAAAGCCAACGCCGUGGCUGCAAAAGCAAGAAUGGCUGAAGAAUACAAGGCCUCUAUAGAAGCCAAAAAGGCGGCAAAACAAGCGGCCCGCAGCGGAACAUAAAACAAAAAAUUUACUUGGAAUCAAAAUUCUCCGUUUAUAAUUAUCAACUUGAUCGUAAAAUUAAUGGUGUAUAAAUAAAUUAGCGUUUGGUCUU